AUGCCCGCCUACAACUCAAUCUUCAACGACGACGCCAACACACCCCGUCUCAUCGGGAACUUUCCCCUUCUCCCCUUGCGAACAAAGACUCGCGGACCAGCAUAUACUCUCCCCCCCACCGACCUCCCCGCCUACGAGACUCCUGAUCCCGACAGCGAGAGCUAUGACAUUUUAGAUGAGAUCCUGUCCCUCUUCCGCGCCAACACCUUCUUCCGCAACUUCGAGAUCCAGGGGCCCGCGGAUCGUCUGCUCGUCUAUGGAAUCUGGUACGUCAGCGACUGCCUGACCAAGAUCAAGCCGACGUCAACCGCCACCCAAGCUCAAAAGGAUGUCAUGAACCUGGCGCUGGACCUCAACUUCGCCAUUCCCGGAGACCCAGCAUGGCCUCUCAACCAGAUGUACGAGCCGCCUCGAGACCGCCAAGAUGCUGAGCAAUUGAAGCAGUACUUGUCGCAGGUACGACAAGAGCUAGCCAUUCGGUUACUGGCAAGGGUAUACGAGGAGGACCAGGCCAAGCCGAGCAAGUGGUGGCUGAGCUUCACGAAGAGAAAGUUCAUGGGCAAGAGUCUGUAA